AUAUGUAUCAAAUGUUUUUAGUAUGCAUGCAUUUAAAUCCAGAAAAAAUAGGACAUUUUGAACAAGAUAUACAUGUUUUAUGAUAUAUGUGUAGCGAAGCAGGAGCUUGGAUGGGAAGGGAGAGAUUGGGACAGCUGCUGCUGGCUUUGGGUGUGGCCGGAGUGGCUGGAGGAGAAGAUAGAAAAGAGAAGGAGAGGAGAAACGGGAGGCCAGUUGCAGUUCAUCAGGUGAAGGUUGACCGGUACCUGUAUCAGAUGCGCCUUUCUGAUGAUAUUUUACAUGAUGUGAUGACUCGCUUCCAAGCAGAGAUGGCAAAAGGUCUAGGAAGAGAUACCAAUCCGACAGCUACAGUAAAAAUGCUACCAACUUUUGUGAGGUCACUUCCUGAUGGUUCAGAAAAAGGAGAGUUCCUAGCUUUGGACCUGGGUGGUUCCAAAUUUAAAGUCUUACAUGUUAAAGUAUCUGAAGAAGGAAAACAACAUGUACAAAUGGAGAGUCAGUUCUACCCAACACCUAAAGAAAUUAUACAGGGAAGUGGAACAGAUCUAUUUCAAUACGUGGCUGACUGUCUUGCAGACUUUAUGGAAACAAAAAAUAUAAAAUAUAAGAAAUUACCUCUUGGUUUUACCUUUUCUUUUCCCUGUAGGCAGAAUAAAUUAGAGGAGGGGGUCCUUCUUUCAUGGACAAAACAUUUUAAAGCCCGAGGAGUACAACAGACUGAUGUGGUGAGCAAUCUCUGCAAAGCCCUCAGGAAACACAAGGACAUUGAUAUAGAAGUUUUGGCAUUGGUCAAUGACACAGUGGGAACAAUGAUGACCUGUGGAUAUGAUGACCAGCGAUGUGAAGUUGGUGUCAUUAUUGGAACAGGCACCAACGCUUGCUAUAUGGAAGAGAUGAGCAAUAUUGAUCUAGUAGAAGGGGAUGAAGGCCAGAUGUGCAUUAACACUGAAUGGGGAGCCUUUGGAGAUGAUGCAUCUCUGGAAGACAUCAGGACAGAGUUUGACAAGGAGAUUGACUCUGGGUCUAUAAAUCCUGGAAAACAGUUGUUUGAGAAGAUGAUUAGUGGAUUAUAUCUGGGAGAACUGGUCAGGCUUAUCCUUUUAAAAAUGGCAAGAAAAAGCUUGCUUUUCAGUGGGAAGUUAUCCACAGCACUCUGUACUAAGGGCAAGAUUGAGACAAGACACAUGGCCGCUAUGGAAAAGAAUAAAGAAGGCCUGAGCAACACGAAAGAAAUUCUGAGGGAACUGGGCCUGGACCCCUCCGAAGAGGAUUGCAUUGCUGUCCAGCACGUUUGCACAAUUGUUUCAUUUCGCUCGGCCAAUCUCUGCGCCAUGGCCUUAGCAGCAAUCCUGACACGGCUUCGUGAAAAUAAGAAACUGGCAAGGCUCCGAACCACAGUUGGAAUUGAUGGGACCCUGUACAAGACCCAUCCACAGUAUGCCAAGCGUCUCCAUAAGGUAGUCCGACAGUUGGUGCCCAACUGUGAUGUCCGAUUUCUGCUUUCGGAGAGCGGAAGUGGGAAGGGGGCUGCCAUGGUUACAGCUGUGGCCUAUAGGCUGCUGUCUCAGUGGAAGCAGAUUGACGAGGUCUUGGCCCUUUUCAAACUAACCCGAGAGAAUCUCCUCGAGGUAAGAAACAAAAUGAGGAGAGAACUGGAGUAUGGCCUGAAGAAAGAAACCCACCCAACAGCCACUGUGAAAAUGUUGCCAACGUUUGUUUGUGGCACACCGGAUGGCACAGAAAAGGGGAAAUACUUAGCUCUUGAUCUUGGAGGAACAAAUUUCAGAGUUUUGCUUGUCAAAAUCAGAAGCGGAAGAAACAAAUCGGUUCGGAUAUACAAUAAAAUAUUUGCAAUUCCUUUGGAAAUUAUGCAAGGAACAGGAGAGGAGUUAUUUGAUCAUAUUGUCCAAUGCAUUGCGGACUUUUUGGAAUACAUGGGACUAAAAGGUGCCCGGCUCCCCCUUGGUUUUACUUUUUCUUUCCCCUGCAGGCAAACAAGUAUUGAUAAGGGCGCUCUUGUUGGGUGGACAAAAGGUUUCAAGGCAACCAAUUGCGAAGGGGAGGAUGUUGUUGACUUGCUAAGGGAAGCGAUAAAACGGAGAAAUGAAUUUGAUUUGGAUAUCGUAGCAGUGGUAAAUGACACUGUUGGGACGAUGAUGACGUGCGGUUAUGAAGACCCCCAUUGUGAAAUUGGCCUCAUUGCAGGGACAGGCAGUAAUGUGUGCUAUAUGGAAGAAAUGAAGCACAUAGAAAUUUUAGAAGGAGAUGCAGGCAGAAUGUGCAUCAACACAGAGUGGGGAGGAUUUGGUGACAAUGGCUGCAUUGAUAAUUUCAGGACAAAAUAUGAUAAAGAGGUGGACUCGGGGUCUCUGAAUCCUGGGAAACAAAAAUAUGAGAAAAUGACAAGUGGAAUGUAUUUGGGUGAAAUAGUGAGACAGAUCUUGAUAGACCUGACAAAGAGAGGACUUCUAUUCAGAGGCCAGAUUUCAGAAUCUCUGAGAAGAAGAGGAAUAUGUGAAACAAAAUACUUGUCUCAGAUUGAAAGUGAUCGUCUUGCCCUGCUGCAAGUGAGAAGAAUCCUGCAACAACUCGGGCUGGAUGGGACUUGUGAUGACAGCAUCAUUGUGAAAGAAGUGUGUGGUUGUGUUUCAAAAAGAGCUGCCCAGCUCUGUGGAGCAGGAUUGGCUGCUGUUGUUGAGAAGAUACGUGACAACAGGAAAGUUGAGCGCCUCAAAACUACCAUCGGAGUGGAUGGUACCUUAUACAAGCUCCAUCCACAAUAUGGCCACCAUGACAGAUCAAUACCUUGUUCUUCUUUUCUAGGAUUUUGCAAGAAACAGUGGAGGAGCUGGCACCACAAUGUGAUGUAACUUUUAUGCUGUCUGAAGACGGAAGUGGGAAAGGAGCAGCCUUAAUUACAGCGGUGGCCAAGCAGAUGCACCAAGUUGUUAAAAAUUAAAUUGAUCUAACAGACCUGGGUGGGCAAGAAGGAUCAACUAUAAAAGUUCCUACACACACAGUUGUGGCAUGAUCAAUCCAAAAGGGUCCAUUUCUGCAGUUGAUGACCAGAAAGAAUACAGGAUACCGUCUGUCAUGUCAAAACUGAUGGAGAUUUUGCCUUAUUUGGACUCUGUUGUCCUAAGUUGCCUGAUACACAACACCACACUUAAUAUUUUUUCAUUGUGCCUAACACAAUUCAAAAUAUUAAAUGACCAGGUUCCAUAUAUUUGUUUUAAAGAAAUCUGCUUCUUUUGAGUGUAUUUAUACAAUCCCUGCUCUAUGUCCUAAUUUAGUAAUUUCUGGUUAAUGUUAAAAUAUCCUUUGUAUUGCAUAAAUACUUAUUGGAGAGUAAGUAUAAUAUACCAUAGCUAUAUGUCAAGAGCUGGUGCUGUUUAUCUAGUGCAGUAUUUUUUUUUUCAUAGUAUAUGAAGGUUGGAAGGUACCUCAGAAAUCAUCUAGUCAAUCCUACUACCCUGUGGAGGAACAAGUACCAUGUGUGUUCUAGCUAAGGGGGGAGGGGUGUUGUGUCCUGAGCCUGCAAAUGCAGGCUAGGGACAUUGCAAGGUUCCCGGGCAAUUGCAAAAGCUGCCUGGGACCAGACUGAGUGGUGCCGACCAAACGUGCAUGCGCAA